AUAUAUUUCUAUGUGAUGUUGCAGACUAAUCUGAUCAAAGAAAGCAUUAGAAUGGGGUAUAAUGACUUUGGAGAUUUUUAUUACGCUCAUGGUGCCCUUGCUGAUUCCUUUAAAAAUUAUGUUCGCACUCGGGAUUAUUGCACAACAUCAAAACAUAUAAUCCAUAUGUGUAUGAACGCAAUUCUAGUCAGCAUUGAGAUGGGUCAAUUUACUCAUGUGUCAAGCUAUGUCAGCAAGGCAGAACAAACUCCAGAGGCACUUGACUCUAUUACAGUUGCAAAAUUACGAUGUGCUUCUGGACUGGCGCAUUUGGAAGCUAAGAAAUACAAACUUGCUGCCCGCAAGUUCUUGGAUGUAGCUCCAGAACUGGGAAGUUCGUACAAUGAGGUUAUUGCACCUCAGGACAUUGCUACAUAUGGUGGACUCUGUGCUCUUGCAAGCUUUGAUCGGGCUGAGCUAAAGAGCAAAGUUAUAGACAAUAUUAACUUCCGGAAUUUCUUGGAGUUGGUACCUGAAGUAAGGGAGCUUAUUAAUGAUUUCUACUCGAGCCAUUAUGCAUCCUGCCUGGAUUACCUUGGAAAUCUCAAGGCAAACCUAUUGUUUGACAUUCAUCUGCAUGACCAUGUCGAGACAUUGUAUGAUCAAAUCCGUAACAAAGCCUUGAUCCAGUAUACACACCCAUUUGUGUCUGUUGAUUUGCGAAUGAUGGCAAAUGCUUUCAAAACAAGUGUCUCUGGUCUGGAGAAGGAACUUGAAGCCCUGAUUACUGACAAUCAAAUACAGGCUCGGAUUGAUUCGCACAACAAAAUUCUGUAUGCACGACAUGCAGAUCAAAGAAAUGCAACUUUCCAACGCGUCCUGCAGACUGGCAGUGAAUUUGAUCGGGAUGUGAGGGCAAUGCUACUGAGAGCAAAUCUUCUGAGGCAUGAAUUCAAUGUUAGGUCUUCUAGAAAAAUUUAAAUCUCAAAAUUUUCUCCAUCAGGAUGGAAGAGUGACCAAGAUUUGUCUUGGCAUGCUUCUAAUGUUUCUAGGUCUGAUGGUGUUAACCAUGCGGUCAAGGGUAGCUCUUAAAUAUCUCAAAGGAAAAGAGGCUGCCAAAAGUCGGCAGAUUGGAGUCUACAAAUAAUGAUUAUCCGAUGAUUGCUCCUUUUGUAUAUACUCUAAAGUUGUAAGUUGCAGUUUUCUUUUUGUUGCUUCUGUCUGUGUUUUUGCUUUGCUAUGUUAGCCUUCUGUGCAUUAGCUUGUACAGAUGGAUGGUAGCAUGCCGAUGAAAUGAUCACCAACCGUUUAUUUUGUGUGUGAUAGCCAACCGGCACCAUCCUUCAUGGUAUGAUGAUUCAUUUUCUGGUGACAAGUA